CUAUGAAAAUUUACGAGUUUGUACGUAAACGUCAGGAGGAGAUAGACUACAUACUGAAAGAAAACUCAAAUAUAGUUUCCCAGAAAGAUGAGAACGACCGGUUUGUGUUGCACUGGGCAGCACUGGCUGGGAAGGAAGAGCUAUGCAAAUACAUCCUUCAGCGCUUCCCGGAACAGCGGGAUGCAGAGGAUGACACCAAUGCGACACCGCUGGUGUUGGCUUCCGUCGGCGGCUUCCUUCCAACUACGGUGCUGAUGGUGAAGGCGGGUGCUGACAUCAAUCACCGCAACCGCGGUGGUCAUUCGGCACUGCAGUACGCGUGCUCGAAGGGCAGACUCGACAUCGCCAACUAUUUACUGAAUGAGGGUGCUGAUGUCAAUAUUGUCGACAAGAUCGGCGACACGCCAUUGCACCGGGCAACGUCGCUUGGCCACAACCACAUCGUGGACACACUGCUUCUGCACGGGGCCAAUCCAAACAAAGCCAACAAAGAAGGCAACACACCGCUGCAUUUGGCAUGCGAAGAAAAUGAGCAAACGUGUGCGAUCUUGCUGUUGAAGCGUGGGGCAAAUCGUACCCUUCUUAAUGCGUACGAGAAAACUCCACUCGACCUAGCAACCCGGUCGCUUUUGAAUUUGAUCGCCAGUGAGGUAGAUUCUCGCCAUGCCGGCUGACAUGGAAAGCAUUUUAGUUUUGACUGAUUGGCAAGGAAUUAUGGCCAAUUGAAUUUUUAAAAGUUCCAGUAAUUCUUUCUUCCAUUCUUUUUCUUGUAAUGUUUUGUUUAUAUUAACGAAU